CGCGCCACCUCUGCCUCGGCCGCGGCGAAGAUCGCCUGGCACGGGUUAAGGAAGCAAGUCGCUGCAUGGGCUCGUUCCUGCAUCCCUUGCCAGAUCUCCAAAGUGCAGAGUGUGCACCCGCCGGUUCAGGAUUUCGCCGUCCAGGAUGGCAGGUUCCUGCACAUCCAUGUCGACCUGGUAGGUCCCUUGCCUUGUUCGUGUGGGGCUACCGAUUUUCUGACCAUCGUGGACAGGUUUACCAGGUGGGCAGAGGCUGUUCCAUUAACGGAUACCUCCGCUGACACGUGCGCGAGUGCCAUUGUCUCCAAUUGGAUCGCUCGUUUCGGGGUUCCCUCAGAUAUUACUACCGAUCGUGGGGCCCAGUUCAUGUCCUCCCUGUGGUGUGAUAUGGCACAGCUGUAUGGUGCGAAGCUGCAUCAGCCUAUCGCUUACCACCCGGAGUCCAACGGGUUAGUUGAGUGUUUCCACAGGCACCUCAGGUCGGCAUUAAAAGCUCGACUCACCGGCCCUGAUUGGGUCGAUCAGUUAUCUUGGGUCCUCCUCGGCAUCAGAACAAUGCCUAAUGAGGACCUCAAAGCCUCUUCGGCCGAGUUGGUUUACGGCUCGGUUUUGAGGGUUCCCGGGGAUUUCUUGCCCGUCCCCUGGGACCAGGAGGUUACAACCUCGCAGUUGUUGUCGGACCUCCGUGAGUGGGCGCGAGCUUUAGUCCCGGUUCCCACUUCCCGGUAUGGUUCGCCUUCGGUACAUGUGCCUAAUGUGUUACGGGAUUGUGCUUAUGUUUUUCUCCGUAGAGACACUCAUCGCUUGCCAUUACAGCAGGUGUACGAGGGUCCGUACAAGGUGCCCAGUACUGGUGUCUCGACGUUCAUGUUUGACAUGGGUGGCAGAGAGGAGUUCGUCUCCGUGAGCCCCCUUAAGCCAGCAUACGUCGACGAGGAUAUCCCAGUGAUAGUGGCCUGCCGUUUUGCUGCCCUCUGCACAGGGGUUUGUCACUUUGACAACCACAAGCAACAGCACUGCUUUGCUUUGAGGUUGAUUGUGCCUGUAGCAGUUAUCAUAUUCAUAAAUGAUUUGGUUGAGAUGGGAAUAGCUUAG